AUGCAAAGACCACGCACUGACGGAAGAUUUCUCUCUCGUCUCGUGUUUGACUCUCUGCUCUGUCACCGCAUCACCCCGGGCAUAGACAGUGCCUGGUUUGGUGUAGUGGGCAGUGAUAGCAGCAGUGGUAGCAGGGCCCUCCCUCUGUCUCUGCAGAUAAAUACUCGCAGCCUGCCUAUUCCCAGGCAUGGAUGACGGUUGCACUCAGACAUGGCUCUGCGACAUUAUACUCUCGACUUCAAGCUCUCUACGGCAGUUGACUCUGCUUCGACAGUCCCUCCUCUACAGUCCAUAUUUCUUGAGCAGGAAAUGACCGAGACUGUCCAUGAAACAAAUGGGCAUGGAUACCUUGGUACUUUUGUAGGGAAGAAUGGCCGGCUUGCUAUUCUGCGUGUGCACUCCCACGGGUUGGUCACCAUUGAUCUACAGAGUUACCAAGAGGAUAACAUUGCACAACUAGACAAUCUUUUAAAUGCACUGGAAACGAAGCUAAAGAUGAUCUUAAAUGGCAAUAUUACAAGGAUUAAAAGGCUCCCAGCCCUUGUACGAGGAGCAGAAGUUGACCGAUACUGGCCCACAACCGACGGCAGACUGGUUGAGUAUGACAUGAACAAGAUGGUGUAUGAGGAAGAUUCUGCAUACCAAAACAUAAAGAUAUUGCACUCGGAGCAGUACGGAAAUGUCCUAAUACUCGAUGAUGACCUAAACCUGGCAGAGAGUGAUUUGGCUUACACCCAAGCCAUCAUGGGUAGUGGAAGAGAGAACUAUGCUGGAAAGGAGGUGCUGAUAUUAGGAGGAGGUGAUGGAGGCAUCCUUUUUGAGAUGGUCAAACAAAAGCCAAAGAUGAUCACCAUGUUGGAUAUUGACCAGAAGGUGAUAGACGCGUGCAAAAAGUACAUGAGAAAGACUUGUGGCAAUAUCCUCGACAGCCUCAAGGGAGACUGUUACCAAAUACUAGUUGAAGACUGUGUCCCUGUGCUGAGGAAGUAUGUCAUGGAAGAAAAGACAUUUGAUUACGUAAUUAAUGACUUGACUGCAAUCCCGAUAUCCACGGAGCCAGAAGAAGACUCUACAUGGGAGUUCCUGCGUCUCAUCUUAGAUCUGUCUAUAAAGGUCCUGCACCCCUCUGGGAAAUAUUUAACACAGGGUAACGCAGUGACCAUGAAAGAGGCGCUGCUUUUGUACGAAGAACAGUUGAAGAAACUCUCGUCUUCCGUGGGCUUCUCCAAAGAGGUGGCGUGUGUGCCCUCCUACUUGGAGCAAUGGGUUUUUUACUCCGUAUGGAAAAAGUAAAGACCUCCAGAUUUCUCUGCUUAAAUCCCCAGCAGCUGGAAUGUGAACGCUCCUCCCAUUUCUGCUGUAGCCUUAAAGAUGUGUUCAGACUGAGUGUGACAUGACCAUUACAGGCAACACAAAGUUUGGAUAAAUGCUUUGUUAUGUGGGCUUUAAUUAAAAAAAAAUCAACAACAGUCUAUUUGAGGAAAUAUAAGAAACAUACCUGGAGUUCCACACACUCGUGACAGUGUAUGCCUCUUGUGAUUGGCUGUUUUGCAAAAACACUCCUUCAGUCAAAUUAAAGUGAAUAAAUCAAGAUGAAAACUGGCUUUACGUUCAAUCUGAGCACAUCUCAAGGGGUACAAUGGUGGUUUUACUUUCCCAUCUUUAUUGACCCCAUUCUACCCUAAUCUUCCUUCUCCUUUCCUGUUUUACCAUUUUUUUCUACAACUUGAACAGUUGCAUUUCGUUUGUGUUACUUGAUUUGGAAUGUCCAUUUGCAUGUACUCUUAAGGAACUGUUAUAUGUUUAAACAGUGAUGUGAUGCACACAUAAUGUGGUGUAGCUCAUCUUACAACAGCCGCUUGUUCUCUUGGUUAUUUUUUUUUGGGUUUCCUAAGGUUCUUUACUCUCGAGUUAUGAGCUCAUGUUGUGUGAUAGGCCGCUGUAUAGGCUCAGCACAGCUAAACUGAGUUGCUUUUUAAGCUCUGUUCUUUUGUUACUGCCUCUCAAAUGUGAUUCGAUUCUUUCAGAUUGUAUCAACGCUAUGUGAUCAUGCCCAGUGAGACUGAAAUGUUUAAGUCCAAAUGUGUUUUAAAAGGGAAACUAUUCCACCACUUUAAUGCCACCUCUGUGCUUGUGCUGUUUUGUCAUGUUCUAUUAGCACCUUUUUUUGGUAUCUCCAAUAUAUUUGAAGUUUUUUAAGACUGUGUUAGGUGCAUGUAAAGGACGGUGAAUGUAGCUUGCAUAUACAGUACACAGCACGUUUAGUCGUGGUCAACCCUGUGGGACUCGGUUACAUUUAUUUAUUCAGUAUAAUUUCACCAAAUGCUGUUCUGUCCCACUUGAGAUACUUUCUGUGACCUCUACAAUAAAAAGUGUUUUAGGGGGAAAA